AUGUUCCGCGCUCGGCCAAAUCGUAUCCGUCCGUCUGAAGUCUCGGCCAAAGUCCAAACCACUCGGCCGAUCACGCAUCACGACCCGGGAAACAUUGCCCGCGGUCGGCCAAGCCACAACGCUCACGCCACACCGCGCACGACCAAGCGCGCGAGCCGGGAACAAGCCUCGCGGCCGCGCAACCUCUCGCGUACCACGGCCGAUGCAUCCGUCCGAGCCGGGAAGAACGUCCCGCGUCCGGCCGAGAAUUUCAUCGGCCAAAUCUUCAUCCGCUCCGACCACGCCGGCCGACCGCGAAUCCGUCCGACCCCGACCGUUCCGACUCGGCCACGACCCGACUGUCCGGCCGAUCGUCCCGACCGACCGUCCCAACGCCGCGGUCGACCCGAAGCCCUUUUGAAGCCCAAAAUUAUGUUUUCAAGCCCGGCUUAA